AUGAUGAGUGAGUCUGCGCAGGCCGAUGCUGGCGCAGGGCCGAGCACGAAUGGCAAGCCUGUCAAGGGCAGAAGCCAGUUGUCUGCGUCUGCCAUGGCCUUUUCGCCCUCACGGUCAAGGCAUUCGACAGCUCCGUCGAAUGUCAACCCGAUCAGCAGCUCGUCCAGCAAGGCCGCUGCGGCCAAUGGACCCUCCUUGCGUGCAGCGUCAGAUGCUCUUCAGUCAUCUCAAGCUGCAAACACAGCGCUCGGGCAAUCUCCUUCCUGGGUGCCUCCCUCUGCAGCAUUUGGCGACGCUGCCCUGGAUACCCAAGCACAAGCCAGGCCUCUGCAGCUGCAGCAGCAGCCCUCACAUCCCGUCUAUGCUCAAGCGAGCGCAUCAGGCUACAGUGGCGGUAGCCCUGCAGACUCGCCCCUUGAGUCGCCUUACCACCCACAACUUGAUCAACCUCCGCUUGUCACCAUGCGACAGGGUCUUGCAAUGGGUCCAGAUGCCCGCGCUCGCCGCGGCCUGGCUCACAGAGGACGCGGCGGAGCAGGCAGAGGCGGAUCAGCGCGAGGGGCAAGUCCAUCCUCUUCCACUUCGCCAGGACCCCGACGAGACGGUCUACCACCGCCAGACGGGGAAGCGGACAGGCAGCCGUCACCUCCCGAACGAGGUCCAGUUUCUCAGAAGCCGAGAGCGAACAGAGCGUACAUCAACGAGGCCAGGAUCGCUCAGACGGGCGGGCCCAAGCGCGACAAGCUCACAGAAGCCCAGCUGACGGCCAAGCUUGAAGCGAUGAAGCUGCAGAAUGCGAACAUCAUGUCACGGAAAGUGCAGGUCGAUGCUGACAAGGCAUCUUACGAUGUGAUCGAGGCAGAGAGUAAAAAGGCGGAGGAAGCGGCUGCGAGGGAGAGGAGGGAAAAGGAAGCGAAACAGCAUCAAUUCCAAAAGGACAUGGAGUCUGAACGCAAAAAGAUCGCCGAGCGCAAGCGUGAGAAGCUAGCAGGACGCGAGUGGGACCUGAGCAAGGAGUCUCAGCGCUCUCAAAAUGCCUCUAUCGACUUGGAUGAAGAGCAAUAUGACUACUCAGCGCACUAUCAUCGCGGUGGCAGCGAACGUGGUCGUGGUCAGCCGAGAGGCCGAGGCAAUCGAGGGAGGGGCGGAGCUCAGGCGAAUCAUCCUACGAUGACAUCUGCGAGUAUCGACGACAAGUCCAGCUUUCCGAGUCUAUGA